AGCGAUUUUGGAAUGCAGAAUGCACACCCUUCCCAGAUGAGACGCCCCUACAGCUGAAAAAAUCAAAUGUCAGGACGUCAGUGGCUGCUAGUUCGAUUUCCAAUGCGUGGCUUAGGUGUGGGGAUGGUUUUCAGAGCACUUCAGUGCUGGAGUCCCCAAGACCUACUGAUAAGAAAUCCGGGAUUAAGAAGCAGCUUGGACCACUGUUAACAUCUGCUGAAAGUGUAGCAGUAGGAUCUGCUGCAGCUGAAAGCUCUAAGGAUGUUGAGGACAUAAUAUGGACCUCUAGUGGCAGUGAUUUUUCAGAUGAUGAAAAUAAAACACUGAUUCCAACAUUAUGCAGUAUAAAAAGUCAUGCUUCUGAAACAGAGGAAUCACCCAGCAGACAUGAGUUAUUGUUAGAGGACAGUAGUAGCGAAGAUGAAUCAGAGUUCAUUGAUUGGGAGAAGGAUAGUGAUUCUACUGAUAGGUGUGAUGGAACAAAUGACAGUUCACUGGAGAUAUCAGACUCGGACUCCUGCACAAAUAUUACUUCUCUGCCUGUCAAAGAGGAGAAUGAUGAGCUUUGUAAGACAACUUUGACAGAAAUUUCUGAUUAUUCAUCCGAUAACGACAACAUGGGAGGAGAGACAGUCCUAGUGACCACUACUUCAGGAUCCACUAAGAGAUUACAGUCAUGGUCGGGAGCGGACAUGGGGGAUGUUAUGGCACGACCGGCCAGCGAAUGGCUGAAGUCUGCACAGGCCCUUCUACGCACCCCUGGGAAACAGGCAGGCAAGGCCCCCCGAGCCCCCGCUGAGUCCACGAAGAAGAGGAAGCUACUGAGGGGCGGGCUAGCUGAGAGGUUAUGUCGACUACAGAACAGAGAAAGAUCUGCCAUUAGCUUUUGGAGGCAUCAGUGUAUUUCAGAUGCUAAAACCCCCUCAGAUAAAUCUGGUGUCCUAAUUGUGAAGAUCCUGGAAAUAUUUGAGGAGUGUACAAUACAAAUUGCCAUCUGCCAGCAACUGGAGCAGUCUCCUGCUACUCUUUCAUCGGAGGACACCAUCAUCAGUGCAGGAGAACCAAUACUCAAAGUCUUGUUUGCAAGAGAAACAGCAGCUCACCUGAAGAGCAGGCCACAGGAUGUCAUCCACAUCUACCCUCCAUGGCAAAAACUGCUUCUGGGAAAUGCAGAUGUUCCUGUUAUCAUGAAUACGUAUUUUAGUCAGAAGGUGCUAUUCACUGAACAUUCAGAAACAAGAGAGAAGACAUAUGGUCUUACAAAGAUGCUUAUUAGGAAGAAUAUUAUAUCUUUGGCACAGACGUUCAGACUAAAUGACCUUGAUGAUGAGUUACACCAGGAAUCUUCAGAUAAUCAGGUUGCUUGUGGUCUGCAAAUCCAUAACAACUGUGAUUCGAAACAGCAUCCCUUAGCACAGAGUGCUGUUAAUGAUUCUCUGCUUGAAAUGGUGGAAAGCCAGGGCGCAGUGGGAUGGAGAGAAUCGCAGGUACAAGUGGUUAUCCAAAGGGUGUACUGUUUGCCUGCAAGAGGUUACGGAAGCCACGUUGAAGGAAACAAGCCUCUUUGUGCAACACCAAUCAUAAAUUCAGAUCCACCAAAUGUUAGGUUAUGUCUCCUUGUCCAGGAUGCCUAUGGUAUGUUCAGUGAAGUGCAGUUGCAGUCCCUAAGUUCUGCAGAUGACAUUGAGCAGUAUUGCAGAAGAUGGGAAGGAAAAUUCUGCUGCUUAGCUGGAAUGAAAAUUUUGCAAAGAACUACAAGAGGAAGGGCAUUAGGACUUUUUAGUCUGAUAGACAGUCUGUGGCCUCCAGUAGUGCCUGUAAAAGUUCCUGGACAAAGUCAAGACUCUGAAAUGAUGACAACUAAUCUUCCUCGUCCCAGCUUCUGUUAUAUUCUUACUGCCCGGUCUGGUGAAAUACAUGUGGAAGUGGAUGAGGAAGAACAGAUUGCUAAUUUGUACCAGCCACCAGCUGUUCAUGGUCUAAAGCAAAUUCUUCAGAUCGAUGGUUGUAAUGAACGUUGUAACUUUUGGGCUCAAGUGCUGUAUCUAAAGCUUCAGACAAAACACAGUGUUCCUAUAAAUCAAAGAGAAAUUUGGUUGUUUGUGACUGACUCCACAUUGCAAAAUGUGGUUCAUAUCACUCCAAAAGUUGUUCCUGUGUCAGUUGCUGCAUCGUGUGUUCUCAGUACGGAAAUCACAGAAUCCCUUAGCGUUGCCUCACGACCCAUCUUCUUCAAGGAUGCGCUGUGGGGAAAUGGUAGAAUUAUUUGUGUUGAACGUACUGUUCUCUUAUUACAAAAGCCUCUUUUGUACUCGGCUGCCGGUGCUGACCUCAGUGAGCUGACUGGCCCUGUCAGACUCGAUGAGCUGGAUUCUACAACACAGGCCAACUCUGUUUGUGCUGUAAGAGGUACUGUUGUUGGAGUUAAUGAGAGCACUGCUUUCUCCUGGCCUACUUGUGACAGAUGUGGCAAUGGAAAGUUGGAACUGUGUCCCCAGGACAGAGGAUUGCUGUAUUGCAACCAGUGCUCUGAAGUUGUCAUUUCACCCGUUUUGAAAAUGCAGCUGGAAGUCUUCUUGAGUUGUCCAUCCCGAUCUCAAAGUGCAGUGAAAGUAAAGCUAUUACAAAGGACAAUCUCUUCUCUCCUGAUGUCCUCCGCCAAUGAGGAUGGGAGUUAUGAGGUGCAGAGCGUGCUGGGAAAGGAGGUGGGGUUAUUGAACUGCUACGUCCACUCCGUAACCAGCCACCCCAACUGUGUUGCACUGGAGGAAAUUGUUCUUCUGGAAGCAGCAGCGAGGCACUGAGCUGAACUCUAGUCAGCUCCUGUAGUAUCUGUGGACUUUGUAAUGUGGUUAUCUGUUAACUAAGUGCCACAGAUAAUGUGCAAUGCAAGUGUGAUAAGUAUUAAGAUAGUUUAUUAAAACUGUGAUUUACAAAGCACGUUGUGCUAACGCUGAAAAUACCCAUUUAAAAAAAAAUCUGUUCAACUUUCUGAACUUUUCUUUUUUGGAUCAGUUCGGAGUUUGAGAAUACAGUUCCUUGGCGUGGUUGCUUCUUUAUGUAUGUAAAACAUUUCGUUCUUGGAGUCUUGAAUGGUUGUGAAUUUUUUUUAUAAUACUGUAUUUAUUAUGUGUAGAUGGAAAAUAUUUCAUCAAUAGUUUUGAAAUAAAUACCUUGCUGUAGGCAUUGAACAUUGGCCUAAGCUGAGUUUUAUCAGCAGAUCCCAGACAUACUGCUGGCUGCAAAACACUGCGUUGUGUGUGAAUUCCGAGUUGUUGCGUUUGUUACCACCUUGCAAUAAAUGUUACAAGGAUGGAGAUUUGAACAAAGCUUAUAUAUUUAAGUGUCAAGCAUAUGUAAAGUUAAUGUUUUACAGCGAAUUCGUCUCUAAGCAGAGAAGUACAGUGUUAUCUGUAGCUUCCCACAAGGCGGCUGUUUCAUUAUACGCUUUCUGUUACAGGUAGCGAGUAAAUGUGCUUUGUUGGCCACGUAACUAUCCUCACCCUGACUGUAUAGGGAUAGGGAUUAUAGAUCAGAUACAUAAUAUAAAAAUCUUCCUACGUGUGCAUAGUUUAAAAUGCAAGAAUUGAUGUAAGAGUUCAGUCAAGAGUUUAGAUUUUUUCCCCCCUUCCCCUUUCCUGGUAAUUUAACAGACCCAUACAGGCCGGAGGAGGAGUGAGUGGUUUUGCAUGGGUCCCACUAUGUGAUUGCCCUGCAGAAAAGGGAAUGGCAGACUUGUUGCUAGCGAAAUCGUUCCUGCGGCCAAGGCCAAUCGUGGAAGAUCUUCGAGACGUCAUGAUUACCGAAGGAAUGAGCCAGCUUUUGAAUCCCCCCUUUUCCCCCUGUCCUCCAAGUGUUUCACUCUUACCUGUAAGGAAGAAGGGGACACCAGCCCGUUCCUGCACAGAGGAUCCUGCCCUGUACACGACCAGGGUCUCCCCUUCGAAACCAGCGAGAUUUCUCUGUCUCAGGAAGCACCGGCUGUCAGAGGUCAUUUUUCUGCCGCCACCCUACAGGUACUGUCAGCUUUGCGCACGAACUAUCAUCAAAAUUCAGAGCGGUGGCCUAACCUGUCAUAACAGACGCGCACGCAGGCGGAGGCCGGCGCUGCUGCCAGCCCUGGCUUUCCCCAGCAGAGACCCUGCCGAGGACCGGGGUGCUCGGGGAGGGGGACAACA